AUGUCUCCCACGGCAAGCCGCACCGUGUUCCGGCAAUCGCAGUUUCUGAUCCGCAGGACCGCCGUCAGACAUAACUCGAGCGACGCCGCAAACAAGGCCAAGGAAACUGUCAACCAGGCGACCUCCAAGGCCUCAGAGGGCCUGUCCAAGGUCUCUUCCAGCGCUGGCCCGGCCAUUACCGGUGCUGCACAAAACGUUGGCAACACCCUGCGCAAGCUCGGUGGCCCUACGGCCAAGGUCGUUGGAUUUAUUGAGCGCUCAAUACCUCCCACCGUCUACUACAGCCGCGUCGGUCUCGAGCUCGCCAAGCUUAUCUUCCGUGGCCAGAACAUGUACCCUCCAAGCAUCGCCACCUUCCAGUCGUACUUCCAGCCCUUGAUCAACGCCGUUCGCAACCCUUCGACCCUCAAGAACCUUAGCUUUUCUCCCCAAGGUAUCCUCGGCCGGGCACGCGGGCUUAGCACCAAGGAGUGGGCUUUGGUUGGUGUCACCACUGCCGAAAUCAUCGGUUUCUUCACUGUCGGCGAGAUCAUUGGCCGCCGUCAAAUCGUUGGAUAUCAAGGAGAGCCUGCCCAUGAGGGCCACUAA